AUGGAGUUAUCUGAAGGUGAGUUAUCACAUACAUCAUCUUCGUCAUCGUUUGUCCCUGUUGAUCAGCGUCAAUUACAAGAUGCAAUUCAAAUUAUCGAUGAGAAUAAACAUUUCAACACUGGUAUUCUCGACUAUAUCAACAAGACGUCACCCGCUGAUGUAGGCAACAACUACCACAUUAUUUCUGUUUUUGGGUCACAGUCGACCGGGAAGUCUACGUUGUUGAACAGGUUGUUCAAUACGAAUUUUGAUGUUAUGGACGAGCUGAACCGUCAACAAACUACCAAGGGGAUAUGGUUGGCGUACUCGCCAGUGGUGUCGACGACUUUGGGGCACACUACGAGCAAGUCCAAUAUUCUUGUUAUGGACGUCGAAGGUACUGAUGGGAGAGAAAGAGGAGAGGACCAGGACUUUGAGCGUAAAGCGGCGUUGUUUGCGUUGUCCACGUCAGAAGUUUUGAUUAUCAAUAUUUGGGAGACGCAAGUGGGGUUGUACCAGGGUGCGAAUAUGGGAUUGUUGAAAACUGUAUUUGAGGUCAAUUUAUCGUUGUUUGGGAAGAGCAAAUUGGAAACACAUAAUGACCAUAAAGUGUUGUUGUUGAUUGUUAUUAGGGACCAUGUUGGUGUUACGCCUGUUGAGAGCUUGGCCAAGACGUUUACGCUGGAUUUGCAGAACAUGUGGAGCAGCCUUGCCAAGCCAGCAGAGUUGGAGCAUUUGCAGUUUGCCGACUUUUUCGAUGUUACUUUCCAUGCGCUUAACCAUAAGGUUCUUCAACCAAAAGAGUUUGGCGAGGGUAUUAACAGACUUGAUGAUAGGUUAGUGGUUAGCAACGAAUUGUUUAAGCCCGAGUACCACCACGAUGUUCCGAUUGAUGGGUGGACCAUGUAUGCUGAACGAUGCUGGGAGCAGAUUGAAACCAACAAGGACUUGGAUUUGCCAACACAGCAGAUAUUGGUUGCUCAGUUCAAGUGUGACGAGAUUGUUGAGAGUGUGUUCCAAGAGUUUUUGGCAAAGUACCAGCACCACUUUAAGGAGGUGGACGCUGCUCCUGAUUUUGAGGAGUUGGGUGCGUUGUUUGCUGAUUUGAGGCAAGACGCGUUUGAGGAUUAUGAUGCUUCUGCGUCUAGAUACAACAAGGCAGUGUAUGAACAAAAGAGGAAAAAAUUGAGAUGGUUGAUCAACGACAAGCUCAAGGAGGUGUUUGAUGUGCAUGCCAAGAACUUGUGUAAUACUUUGUUGGAGAAGUUUGAGAAGGAUCUAGUUGCAUUAAAGGGUAAGGAUUUUGCUGUGAAUGUCAAGACAUUAUCUACCAAGUUGGUUGAGGAUGUCAAUUUCCAAGUCAGUUUGAUGUCGUUGCAAGGUGAUCUUUCGUUGGAUGAGAUAAUUUUGGCGUUGACCAAGGACAUUGAUGCUAUUGUUGCUAAGCAGCAGGUUAUCGAGUUGAACUCGAUUGUUAACAAGUCGGUGAAAAAGUUAUCGGCCAGUUUGUCCAAGUCGAUCCAGUUUGAGUUGGGCGAUCCAAACGAGGAAACCUGGGAUAAUGUUUUGCAGCAGUUUAAGGGUGUGUACGAGAAGUUUGGUGGUGAUUUUGGGCUUGGCACGUCAUCCACGCAGAACCAGCAGGCCAUUGAAAAGUUCAAGUUCAAAUCGUGGUGCCAGUUUUAUGAUGUCACACACAAGUUGAUUUCGAGAGAAAAGUUGUUGGCGUUGCUACAAGAUAGGUUUGACGACAAGUUUAGGUACGACGAGAAUGGGUUACCGAAAUUGUACCUUAACGAGCAAGAUUUGGAAAAGACAUUUGCGGUGGCCAAGCAGCAUGCGUUGCAGGUGUUGCCGAUCUUGACUUUUGCCAAGUUGGCUGAUGGUUCGGAGAUUGUUCCCGACUACGAUAUUUUUGACUCAAAGUUAAGAGAACAGUUUUUAGGGGGCUACGACGAUAGUGAUGAUGAAGAAGAUCACUGUUUUGCCGAGAUCAUUACCGAGCAAGAGAAGCUGGAAGUUUUGGCUAAGUUCAAGAAGGAAGUUGAUGCCAAGUACAUUGAGACAAAACGUUCGAUUGUUCAGCAUAUCACGCAAAUCCCAUACUAUAUUUAUUUGAUUAUAUUGGUGCUUGGGUGGAAUGAGUUUAUGGCGAUUAUCCGCAACCCAUUAUUUUUCUCGUUGAGUAUUGUGUUGGGUGCGACGGUGUACGUUUUGUACUAUUUGGGGUUGUUGAGACCGGCUUUGGUGGUGGCACAACGAACCAUGGAUGAGGUCAUUGUUAUGGCCAAAACAAAGUUGCGGGAGGUAUUGAUUGAUGACCAUGAGGUUACAGGGCGCCAGUUGAAUAAGAUGGCCGGUAGCAAAGAGAAUAUUGAGCUAGACGAUAUGUAA